AUGAUGUCUUUGGAAGAAGUUCGAAAUCAACUUUUGAUUAGCCACGAUGAUAGUGUGAUAAACGAUGAGGAACUUCUACUCCUGGGCGAUUUAAACAGGUCCGAUAAUGUUGAUCUUCCGCACAAUUCUUAUCCUAGUUUUGACUUCGAUGAUUUGGCAGACGACGAGUGCCUUUCAGAGUUUCGCUUCUACAAGAACGACUUACCAUCUCUGGCUGAAGUAUUGGGGAUUCCUGAGGUAGUGGAAUCCUAUCAAAAAAGUAUCUGUGGCGGAUUGGAGGCUCUUUGCAUUUUUCUCAAGAGACAUAGUUAUCCUUGUCAAUAUUCAGGCAUGAUAGCUCGCUUUGGGAAGCCUGUUCCAGUGUUAUGCAUCAUAAAAAACUACAUGAUCGACUACAUCUACUAGGCACACAGUCACAGAAUUUUGCAGUGGAAUGAUAGCAUCCUACAAAAUAAAUUAAAAGAAAAUAUUAUCGUUAGAUGUUUGUCGACUGACGCGACAAAAUUCUUCAAAAUUGUGCUGGCAGAUAAAAAAAUCGAAACGGCUACAUAAGUUGUAGUGCUGUCUGCCCUUUUAAAUGUGGUAAAAAUAUCUUCUUUGUCAAACUGUUUGACUUUUGAGCGAUUCUCAGCGACGAAUGUUCGAUUGGUAUCAGUGUGAGCCAAGCUUAUUUAGAUUACAUUUCUUACUCUCAUGUUCGUCAAAUGGUGUCGGUCUCGACCAGCGUCUCGACGUUUCUGUUUAAAAACAAACAUCAAAUUAAAGAAUAAUCUCAUUUUAUGAAAGAAAAAAGCGAUGAAAGUCAUUUUAAAUUAUCUCCCGGGAAUAUUUAACGUUUAGAUAGUAGAGAAGGCGAAAAAGAAUAA